UAUAUGUGAUGUUGUGAGGGGGUAAAGGCGAGCUCGAGGAGAAGAUGGUGAUGGUUCAUGUGAAAGCCGCGGCGGCGGAAUCGGAGGAGCAGCAGCAGCAGUUCCUCUACGAGUGUCGUUCCACUUCGAGCAUCGACGAGAUGACCGACGCCAUCCUUGGCAUCCACGCCCUGCAGUCUCACAUCCAAUCCCUCGCCCUUCUCAUUAGGCAGCGCCUUCUCGCUGACCCUUCUUUAGCAGAAAGUUAUCCGGAUGUAGCACUUGCUCUGAAGAGAUCCUUAUCAGAAGCUGAGACUUACGUGUCAAAGGAACAAGUGGCGCACAAAAAAUUCUUGUCACCUCAUGCUCUUAGAGCUCAUAUUAAGAGCUUGGAAAAGGAAGUCAAGGUUGCUCAAUCAAAGGGUUUUCUGGACUUCGAUCUGCCGCAACUACUUUCUGAUUGUGAGCUUCAUCAUGGUAUGCAACUUUGGUGGGCUGGGAAAGAACUCGUUAGAGGAAAAAAACUAUGUGACUACAUUGGUGAAAAUGAGAAAACAAAGAUUGUGAUCAUAUUGAAGCCAUCUUGUUCGAGCGCUUAAGCUUUUCUUCGAGACACUCUCUCUACUCCAACCAAAUGACCCAGAAAAAGCUCAAAUCGGAUGGCAUGCACGUUGAGAAACGAUUACCUUAAUAAUUAUAGUGAUUAAUGUAUUUAUUAUAUGUAUACUUCAAAAUAUGUUCCUUAUGUAUUGGACGGAGUAUAAUUUUAUGGCACACGUGUGUCGACCCGAUCCGGAUCCGAUACCCAUUAAAUGCCCAAAUAAAUACUCGAGCCGUUUAUAUUUAAUCCGCGUCAGCUACCUCCGUCUUGAUUGGAUGCAGCAGUGGGGUCCUCAGAAACAGCCAGUCGCUGUUUUCACUGUCGUGUUUGGAGGCACCGUUACGGGACCGCGGGGAGAGAGGCGAUGGGCCUCCGGAGGAGGAGGACCCGCGGCGGGCGGCGUCAGCUCCAUGGCCGUCCUCCGGCGUCUUGGAGUGACACCACCGCCACCGGCGCUUGCGUGGACGCAGGCCAUAUGCUUAGGGCCCGUUCCACACCUCUCUCUCUCUCUCUCUCUCUCUCUCUCACACAAACACAGACAAAGCAGGUAUUGAUACCAAUAGGAGGAUGAGACGUGUCGAGCACAACCAUCCGCCUUUUGCUGACUUCUCUCGCCCUUUUCCGCCACCUCCUUCCCUCCUAUCAGCUAGGACAGCGAGGUUGUGCCAAGACGCGAUGCCAUCCUCCCUAUGUUUCGGAGUUCCAGCCCGUGUUCUGCACCCUCCCUUCCCUCUUUAGCCAGAGAUAAAGCUAACAACGCAACUCGUCCUUACGCCCUCCAUAACCACCUCUUCCUCUUCUUCUCCUCCUCGCCCUCUUCUUCUCCGGCUCGCCUUCUUCUUCUUUUUGCCUGUUCUCUCAUCAAGUUCGAAUCUUUCUGAGAGAAAGGCAAAGAGAAGUAGGGGAGAGAUGCUGCAGAGGGCUGAGAGCAACCGGUACUCGUGGUGGUGGGCGAGCCACAUAAAGACGAAGCAGUCGAAAUGGCUCGACAGCAACCUCCGAGAAAUGGAGGAUACGGUGAAACAAAUGCUUAAGCUUGUCGAAACGGAUGCCGAUUCCUUUGCUAAAAGAGCAGAGUUGUACUUCAAAAGAAGACCAGAGUUGAUAACCCAUGUGGAAGAUGCUUACAGAGCAUACAGAGCAUUGGCUGAAAGAUAUGACCGUAUAUCUGGAGAAUUACACAAGGCCAACCACACCAUAGCAACUGCUUUUCCUGAACAGGUCCAGUAUGCGAUGCUAGAGGAGGAGGAGGACAAAGCGAUCACCCCGAUUGAUCCAAGUAGAAUUAACAAGCGAACAGUGGAAGGAUUAAUGAAGAAAAGAAGUGACCGUGAGUCCUCCAUAAGGAAGACACAGAAUAAGAGGCCUACAUCUCCGAUUGAUAAAGAAAAGGCACAGGAAGAGAUAAAUAAGCUUCAGAAAGUAAUUCUUGUUCUUCAGACUGAAAAAGAGUUUAUCAGAAGCUCUUAUGAGAAUGGGAUAGCCAAGUAUUGGGAGGUUGAGAAGCAAAUCAUGGAUAUGCUAGAAGAAAUUUGUUGCAUGCAAGAUGAGUUUGAUACAAGUGCGGUCAUUGAAGAUGAAGAGGUGCAUGCCUUAACAACAGCAACAACCCUUAAAUCUUGUGUGGAAGCCAUUAUUAGAUUGCAGAAGCAGAGAAUGGAAUCAUUGGGACAAGCAAAACUAGAUUCUGAAAGAAUUAAGGUUGCAAAAGAAAAGCUGAAGGCUCUCAAAAGUGAGUGUCACCAAUCUGAGAUGGAAAAUGCAAAGAUGUCUAGUGAAAGCACAGAGAUGAGCUUCCCUGUCGAAAACAUGGAUGAAGAAUUUGAUUCUCUAAACAAGGCAAGGGUCCAAUUAGAGUCCAUUUACGAGAAAGUUAAGGAACAUUUUGAAAUGAAUCCUGAAAGUUCAGUGGAACUGGAAGAAAAGAUUAAUGAGCUUGUAAAUAAAGUUACCACAUUGGAACUCACGGUUUCAUCUCAGGCUGUACAAAUAAAUCGAUUGACUUCAGAAAGUGACGAACUUGAGAAAAACCUACAGAAUCUGGAAGAUGAGAGAAUGAUUCUGAUCAGUGACCCAAAUUUGUUGACUGAAAGGCUAAAGGAAGCUGAAGAGGAGUUAAGCAGAGGUCAGGCAAUUAAGAAAAUUAUCCAGGAUGAAGAAAUAAAUUUCCGUGAAAUCUUUACCGAUGCUUCUCACAGCCUCAAUGGUAUUUCAGAGAAGAUGCAACUUCCUAAACCUCUGGAAAAUGCUUGUAAUGAGGAUGCAUUCCCCGUGGAAGAGGCUGCCAAUUGUAGCACUGAACCAGUUGCAGAGCUUGGGGAUAACGAGGAAACUGAAAUCCAUGACAUCGAGGAAGAUUUGAUAGAGGAGAUUCAUGCAACACAGCAACUUGGUCAUUUCCUGCAAGAUUUUUUCCAGGCUGAGGCAGAUUAUCUACUCAAAAGUGAUCCAGAAAUGAUCGAGGACCUAACAGAGAUAGGGGAACUGAAGAAUGUCAUUGCAAUGAAAGAUGAAGAAAUAAGAUUACUGAGACAACAGUUAGCCAAUGUAAAAAUGAGUUCUAACAGUACUCAGCAUUGUCAACAGACCCAUGCAGGCACAUUUAGCUCUGCGAUGGUGAGGGGAGAUCCGAAAUCUCAUAAUUUACAGAUGCCUGGAGAUCUGACUAUUGAAUGCACUAAUGAAGGAGACUUGUCUGUUGAGUUCACUGAUUUACAAUUUCCUGUUGCAGAAGGCAGCGAUGUAGAGUGCAUCACUGAGCCAAAGAGCAUUUCAUCUACUGAAGAAAAGCUUAGGAGGGAUAUCAACACCUUUAUUGAUGAAAACCUAGAGUUCUGGCUAAGGUUCAGCACAUCAUUCCAUCACAUACAGGAGUUCAAGGUCAAAUAUGCAGACCUACAAGCUGAUAUCGGUAAGCUGAAGGUCAACAAAACACAAGAGCACAAUGAUACUGCCUCUGGUGAUCGGACUGGAAAACCUGAAUCAGCACCAAUUGGAACAAGACUCGGUGAAUUGAAGACUGAACUCCAGGUGUGGAUGGAACAUAGUGCACCAUUAAUAAGGGAGCUCCAAAGUAGGUUCUCAUUUCUUCAUGAUAUGCAAAAGGAGAUAUCAAGUGUUGUAAACACAUAUUCAGCCACUGGAGAGGCUUUGUUCACUCCUUGUGAAGCUGCAAGGUUACAAGGUGAGGUGAUGAACAUGAAGCAGGAGAACAAUAAGGCUGCAAGGGAACUGCAGAUGGGACUAGAUCAAGUCAGGUGGCUUCAAGCUGAAAUCGAGGAGCAGAUGGCUAAGCUAAAUGAUUACUUUGAAGCAUUUGUAUUGAAGAACAGCCAUGACGAUUUCUUGAAACGUUCUCCAAGCAGGUCCGGAGUACCAUUGGAGGUCUUCCUUUAUGGUUCCAAGCCCAAAAGGCCAUCUAUAUUUGCCCGCAUGCAUCCAGUGUUCAAAAAAAAACACAGCAAGCUCAGGUCUGGGCAUCGGUGAGCUGAUGAAAGGUUCUUGAAACUCUUAAAUAACUUCAAAUGCUGGCUACUUGCUACUGUAUAAGCCUGUGAAAUUAUUUUAAACAGUUCUAAAUAGAUCAGCCUAUUUCUAGUUGGAUCCCAGGUUGGUUACCUUCAAUGAGUUGCAGCUGUAUCAUGUUCCCUUGGUGUGAUAGCUAGCAGCAGCUUUUCUUGGCUUUCUUCCAUCUAUGGGCCUUGGAGCCAGCUUAAGCUUCCUUCUUGGUUAAAGGUGUACCGAGGUCGGGUUUUUAGCCAUUGUUAAUCUAGAUGAUGAUGAUUGCUUGAAA